UAUAAGUAGUAUACAUUUUAUUAAUCAAGGAAGCUUAAAUAUCAUUCGAGACCAUAGAUACAACACUAUAUUUAACCAAUGUUCACAUUGUUGUUAUUGAAUCAAUAUACACAAUGCAAAUUAUGAGGUAUUUACAAGAACCUUAUGGUAUGUAACAAAAAGGAAACACAACUCAUAUCCAUAUAAUUUGUAUAGUUGUUGUGCAUGUAUCCUAAUGAAUACAUUUAACCUAACUAAUUUAUUACUGCUAGUUUCAAUCAGCUACAAGGCUGAUGGGAAAAUAAGUGGGCGGUUAAUUAAUAACAAAAGUAAACCUUUAUAUACCACAUAUAUCCUGCCUUUCGUUCUGCUUUUCCUUGAAUUCACAUAUUAGCACCUAUUAUUUUGUUUAAAUAUAUGGACCUUACCUAAAAAUAUAUGAACUAGCUAUAUUUCCCUACUAAACAUUAUUGAUUUAUUAUAAGGUGCAUCUUAUUUUUGAUUGGUUGAUUCAAAUCAAUAAUAGUCUGUGCUGAAUUCUAACCAAUAGGAUUUAUGCUAUAAUUCCCAUCUAUAUAUAUAAUAAUAAUAAUACAAUUGCCUGAAUUAUACACUGACAUAUUAUUGUCGUUUCAUCAUAUUUAUUCGUACUUUGUUAACAAUAAUAAACUACCGCUUUUUAUUUUCGUCAUAUCUAUAUUAUUCAAGAGGAAAUUUAUACAUAAUUCAUUGAAUAUAUACAAAUAAUAUACAGUGAUUAAAUAAUGGAUCCAUCAGAUCCAGAUUUCAAAUAUUUGGGUGUAGAUCGAAAAGCUUUAUUAAAAGAAUUGGCUAAUUUUGAUAGCAAAAAUGUGAUAUGGGUUGAAGAUGAAAAAGAAGGUUAUAUAUUAGCUGAUAUUAAAGAUACAACUGGUGAUACAAUUACAGUAGCACUUAAAGAUGGAAGCGAAAAGAAAGUUAAAAAAGAUGAUGCACAACAAGUUAAUCCACCGAAAUUCUUUUUAAUUGAAGAUAUGGCUAAUUUGACACAUUUGAAUGAUGCUUCUGUUUUGGAGAAUUUACGUGCACGUUAUUAUAGACAAUUGAUCUAUACUUAUUCAGGAUUAUUUUGUGUAGCAGUUAAUCCUUAUAAACGUUUUCCAAUUUAUACGGAACAAGUUGCAUUAAAAUAUAAAGGAAAAAGACGUGGUGAAAUGCCACCACAUAUUUUUUCAAUUUCUGAUAAUGCUUAUCAUAAUAUGUUACAAGAUCGUGAAAAUCAAUCCAUUCUGAUUACAGGUGAAAGUGGUGCCGGAAAAACAGAAAAUACAAAGAAAGUUAUUUCAUAUUUUGCUGUUGUUGCAGCAGCUUCAAAGAAAGAGGAUGAUGAUGCUAGUAAAAAGGGAACACUUGAAGAUCAAAUUGUUCAAGCUAAUCCAGUUCUAGAAGCAUAUGGUAAUGCAAAGACUACAAGAAAUAAUAAUUCAUCUAGAUUUGGAAAAUUCAUUCGUAUUCACUUUGGUACAACUGGUAAAAUCGCUGGAGCUGAUAUUGAACAUUAUUUGCUUGAGAAAUCUCGUGUAGUUUCACAAAUGAAAGGAGAACGUAAUUAUCAUAUUUUCUAUCAAUUAUUAUCAACUUAUGGUUCAAAAUAUCACGACAAAUUAUUAGUUCAAACUGAUCCUGCUUUAUACAGUUUCAUUAAUCAAGGAGAGUUAACUAUUGAUGGUGUAGAUGAUAGUGAAGAAAUGAAAUUGUGCGAUGAAGCUUUUGACGUUCUUGGAUUUAAUGAUGAUGAAAAAUUAUCAUUAUUCAAAUGUACUACAUCAAUUUGUAAUAUGGGUGAAAUGAAAUUUAAACAAAGACCAAGAGAAGAACAAGCUGAAGCUGAUGGAACUGCUGAAGCAGAAAAAGUUGCAUUUCUUUUAGGUGUUAAUGCAAAAGAUCUAUUAACUUCAUUUUUAAAACCAAAAGUUAAAGUUGGUACAGAAUUUGUAACUAAAGGUCAAAAUUUAAAUCAAGUUACAUAUGCAGUCAGCGCUUUAGCUAAAUCUCUGUAUAAUCGUAUGUUUGGUUGGUUAGUAGCUCGUGUCAAUAAAACUUUGGAUACAAAAGUUAAACGUCAAUUUUUCAUUGGUGUACUGGAUAUUGCAGGUUUUGAGAUUUUCACUGAAAAUGGUUUUGAACAAAUCUGUAUUAAUUACACGAAUGAACGUCUACAACAAUUCUUCAACCAUCAUAUGUUUGUCUUAGAACAAGAAGAAUAUAAACGUGAAAAGAUUCAAUGGACAUUUAUUGAUUUCGGUAUGGAUUUGCAAGCUUGCAUAGAUUUAAUUGAAAAGCCUAUGGGUAUCUUGUCCAUUCUAGAAGAAGAAUGCAUCGUUCCCAAAGCUUCGGAUCAAACAUUCUUGUCGAAAUUAUAUGAUAAUCAUUUAGGUAAAAGCCCUAAUUUCACCAAACCGAAGCCGCCGAAGCCAGGACAUGUAGAAGCUCAUUUCGAAUUGCACCAUUAUGCUGGAUCUGUUCCAUACACAAUAACUGGAUGGUUAGAAAAGAAUAAAGAUCCACUUAAUGACAGUGUAGUUGCAUUAUUAGGUGGUAGUAAAGAUCCUUUAGUAUCCAAUCUAUUUACUCCAGUUGUCGGUGAACCUGGUAAAAAGACGAAAGGUGGCUCUUUCUUGACAGUGACCUACAUGCACAGGGAAUCACUGAAUAAACUAAUGAAAAAUUUACAAAGUACCAGUCCUUCAUUUAUUCGUUGUAUUGUACCGAAUGAAUUUAAACAACCAGGUGUAAUUGAUGCUCAUUUGGUUUUGCAUCAGUUACAUUGUAAUGGUGUACUUGAAGGAAUUCGUAUUUGUCGUAAAGGUUUUCCAAAUCGUAUGAUUUAUUCUGAAUUCAAACAACGUUACUCAAUUUUGGCACCAAAUGUUAUACCUGAUGGAUUUGUUGAUGGUCGUCAAGUUACAGAGAAAUUAUUAGAAGCAACACAAUUAGAUAAAAAUUUAUAUCAAUGCGGUAAUACUAAAGUAUUUUUCAAAGCUGGUACAUUAGCUCAUUUAGAAGAUUUACGUGAUGAUAAAUUAAAUGGUAUAAUUAGUUUAUUCCAAGCAGAAAUUCGUGGUUAUUUAAUGAGAAAACAAUAUAAAAAAUUACAAGAUCAACGUGUUGCCCUAACAUUAAUGCAACGUAAUAUACGUAAAUAUUUAGUAUUACGUAAUUGGCCAUGGUGGAGAUUAUAUACCAAAGUGAAACCUAUGUUAAAUAUAGCACGUCAAGAAGAAGAAAUGAAAAAAGCCGCCGAAGAAUUAGCUAAAUUAAAAGAAGAAUUUGAAAAAUUAGAAAAAUUAAAAAAAGAAUUAGAAGAACAAAAUGUCACAGUAUUACAACAAAAAAAUGAUUUAUUUUUACAAUUACAAACUGAACAAGAUAGUUUAGCGGAUGCUGAAGAGAAAAUUUCAAAACUUGUAUUACAACGUGGUGAUAUGGAACAACGUAUUAAAGAAUUAGAAGAACGUUUAGCUGAUGAAGAAGAUCAAGCAGCAAAUUUAAAUGAAGUUAAAAAGAAAAUGUCUAGUGAAAUUGAAGAAUUAAAAAAAGAUGUAGAAGAUUUAGAAUCAUCAUUACAAAAAGCUGAACAAGAAAAACAAACAAAAGAUAAUCAAAUACGUACAUUACAAGCUGAAAUGGCACAACAAGAUGAAACUAUUGGAAAAUUAAAUAAAGAUAAAAAGAAUUUAGAAGAACAAAAUAAACGUACACAAGAAGCAUUACAAGCUGAAGAAGAUAAAGUGAAUCAUUUAAAUAAAUUAAAAGCGAAAUUAGAAUCAACAUUAGAUGAAAUGGAAGAAAAUCUAGCUCGUGAACAAAAGAUUCGUGGUGAUGUCGAAAAAUCCAAACGUAAAUUAGAAGGUGAUUUAAAAGCUACACAAGAAACUGUUGAUGAUUUGGAACGUGUAAAACGUGAUUUAGAAGAGCAAUUACGACGUAAAGAAGCUGAAAUUAGUGGUUUAAGUGGGAAAUUUGAAGAUGAACAAGGUUUAGUCGCACAAUUACAAAGAAAAAUUAAAGAACUUCAAACACGUAUACAAGAAUUAGAAGAAGAUUUAGAAGCGGAACGUGCAGCUCGUUCAAAAGCUGAGAAAAGUCGACAACAGCUUGAGAGUGAAUUAGAAGAGGUUGUAGAUCGUUUAGAAGAACAAGAUGGUGCUACAGCAGCACAAAGUGAUUUAACUAAAAAACGUGAAGCAGAAUUAAUGAAAUUAAAGCGUGAUUUAGAAGAUACACGUUUACAAAAUGAACAAGCAAUAGCUACAAUGCGUAAAAAACAAAGUGAUGCUGUCAAUGAAUUAGCUGAUCAAUUAGAUCAAGCCAAUAAAGCUAAAGCAAAGGCUGAAAAAGAACGAAGUCAAUUCAAAGCCGAAUUAGAUGAUGCACAUAAUCAGGUGGAUAGUAUUAUGAAAGCUAAAUUGAAUUCUGAGAAAACAGUGAAGGCUCUAGAAUCUCAGUUACAAGAAGUUUCAGUGAAAUUAGAUGAAGCUACAAGAAAUUUGAAUGAGCAAGCUUCGACUAAAGCACGCAGCAGUCAAGAAGUUUCUGAAUUACAACGACAAUUAGAAGAAGCUGAGUCACAAUUAAGCCAAUUGAACAAAAUUAAACAACAACUCAGUACACAACUUGAAGAAGCACGUCAUAGUUUGGAAGAUGAAAGUCGAAUGAAAGCUAAACUAAACGGUGAAGUACGUAAUUUAACUAGUGACUUAGAUUCAUUACGUGAAACAUUAGAAGAAGAACAAUCAGCUAAAGGUGAUUUACAACGUCAAUUACAAAAAUUACAAGGUGAAUUACAACAAUUACGUUCACGUGGUGGCGGUGGUGGAGAUGUACGUUCUGAAGAAGUUGAAGAAUUAAAACGUAAAAUGAAUGCUAAAAUACAAGAAUUAGAAUCAGAAGCUGAAUCAGCCAAAUCAAAAUGUGGACAAUUAGAAAAAACGAAAGCACGUUUACAAGGUGAAUUAGAAGAUUUAAUGGUUGAUGUUGAACGUGCUAAUGGUUUAGCUAGUCAAUUAGAACGUAAACAAAAUAAUUUCAAUCGUACAUUAGCUGAAUGGCAAAAGAAAUAUGCUGAUUCUCAAGCUGAAUUAGAAAAUGCUCAACGUGAUGCACGGGGUCAAUCAACUGAAAUCUUCCGAUUAAAAGCUCAAUUAGAAGAAGUACAUGAGCAAAUGGAAGGACUUCGUAGAGAAAAUAAGAAUUUGAGUGAUGAAAUUCAUGAUUUAACUGAACAGUUGGGUGAAGGUGGACGUUCAGUACAUGAAAUUGAUAAAAAUAGACGACGACUUGAAAUGGAAAAGGAGGAACUACAAGCUGCAUUAGAAGAAGCUGAAAGUGCAUUGGAACAAGAAGAAGCUAAGGUUCAACGUGCUCAACUUGAAAUGAGUCAAAUUCGUCAAGAAAUUGAUCGACGAUUAGCUGAAAAAGAAGAAGAAUUUGAAGCUACACGUAAAAAUCAUCAACGAGCUAUGGAAUCACAACAAGCUAGUUUAGAAGCUGAAGCAAAGGGUAAAGCAGAAGCUAUGCGUGUAAAAAAGAAACUUGAACAAGAUAUUAAUGAAUUAGAAGUUAGUUUAGAUGGUGCAAAUCGUGCUAGAGCUGAACAAGAGAAAAAUGUGAAAAAGUUCCAACAACAAGUACGUGAAUUACAAUCACAAUUAGAAGAUGAUCAACGUCAACGUGAUGAUUUACGUGAACAAUUUCAAGCUGCUGAACGUCGUGCAACUGUAUUAGCUGGCGAAUUAGAUGAAUUACGUAUAGCAUUAGAUCAAGCUGAACGUAGUCGUAAAAUAGCUGAAGCUGAACGUGCUGAAGCAUCAGAUCGAGCGACAGAAAUGUCUACACAAACUGCAUCAUUAGCUGCACAAAAACGUAAACUUGAAGCUGAUUUAGCUGCUAUGCAAGCUGAUUUAGAAGAAGCUGCCAAUGAAGCUAAACAAGCUGAUGAACGAGCUAAAAAAGCUAUGGCUGAUAGCGCACGUGUAUUUGAAGAAAUUCGUCAAGAACAAGAACAUACACAACAUGUUGAAAAAGCUAGAAAACAACUUGAAAUACAAGUAAAAGAACUAAUGGCUCGUUUAGAAGACAGUGAAUCAGGUGCUAUGAAAAAUGGUCGUAAGGCAAUGGGUAAAUUAGAACAACGUGUACGUGAAUUAGAAACAGAAUUGGAAGCAGAACAACGUAGACAUGGUGAAACUCAAAAGAAUUUAAGAAAAGUUGAUCGACGAAUGAAAGAAAUUAGUUUACAAGCUGAAGAAGACAAAAAGAGUCAUGAUCGUAUGCAAGAAUUAGUUGAGAAACUUCAAGGUAAAAUUAAAACAUACAAACGACAAGUUGAAGAAGCUGAAGAGAUUGCUGCUAUCAAUUUAGCUAAAUAUCGUAAAAUACAACAUGAAAUUGAAGAUGCUGAAGAACGUGCUGAUCAAGCAGAACAAGCAUUACAAAAACUUCGAGCAAAAAAUAGAUCAUCAGUAUCAACAGCACGUGGUGUAAGCGCUGCACCAGCUGGUGGACCUGGACAUGCAAAUCGUGCUCGUAAACCAACAGCCAGCUUAGCACCAGAAGAAGAAUCUAGACAAGUGAAUAUAUCUAAUCAAAAUACAAUGUCUACUAGAAGGAAUCACCUUCUAGAAACUAAUGUUACUAAGGAGACUAAUAAUAAUCAUAGUAACUAUUUACAAAAUGAUGAAAUCGAAUUUGAAAUGUUUCAUUUAACAAAUAAUUUAUUGAUUAUUUUAUUAAGUGUAUUAUGUAUUAUAAUAAUAUUAUUAUUACUUAUUUAUAUUGUGUAUCGUCGAUUACGACAUCAUCAUCAUCAUUCACAAUAUUUCAAUAAUCCAUUCAAAAUUCAUAAGAAUAAGAAUAAUAAUGAUGAUGAAUAUUCGGCUGAAUUAAAAAGAAGAAAAGAACAUUUCCAUAAAUCAACAAAUGAUAAAAAAAAAUCAGAAUCACGUUCAAUAGUUGAAAACAAUCGUAAAGGUAUUCGUCGUGUAAGUAGUACACCAAAUUUACCGAGACUCGUCGAUAAUCAAUCGAAUAAUGUCGAUAUAAAUCAUUUAUUGGGUUGUGAAGAAGGAGAAGGUAAUAAUGAUAACAAUGGUACAUCACUUGAUGAUCAUGAAUUGUUCAAAGUGAACAAUGAAAAUGAGAACGACAUUGUGGAUUUCACAUUGACUGAUAGUAUCGAAGAUUCAACCGUAAAUGAUACAUUGGAAUCAUUAGAAAACUCAACUAAUCAUUUAUCAUUCAUACCGAUAAUACAUCCAAACUGGACAACUGAACGUGGUAUACCAGAAAGAGGUUAUAUUACGUUAGCUGUACGAAUUGAAGGUGAUAUGUCCAACAUUAAAAAACAUCCAUUUCUAUCUGUAUAUAUAUUUGAUGCACGUUGUAUUCUGAGUAGGAACGUGGAACCAAAAGCAGGGAAAUUUUACGUGAAAGCACGUCUUCAAUUAGCUGGCCUAAACAAUUCUGUGUCAAUGUUAUCCUUAAGUCAAAUAUCUACAAAGUCAUUGAGAAUUUUUUCUGAUAAAAUGGAUAUAUUUACAACGAAUAGAAUGUCUUCUACAGUGCAUAGUGGUUGUACACCAGUGAGACGUGCUUAUCGUUCACCAAUUUUUCGGCAUAAAAUUAUCUUACCUUUACCAGUGAAUAUAAUUGAAGUAAUAAAUAAUCGAUCCACAUCACUUUUUCAAUCCAUGGAAUCAAUCUCAUCAAUAGGCUUAGAAGAUGAUACCAUACAAAAUUAUGAGCUUAAAAUAGAUUUGAAAGAACGUAAUGCAUGUAAAACAAAUGAUCUACAUGGUACUUCUACUGUUCAAUAUUUACCAUAUUGGAAAUCUUCACAAUUAAUUGGCAGUGUACAUAUUCCUAUAACAUCUAAAAUGUGGCAAUAUCUAAUGGAUGAUGUGAAUAAAUUACGUCGUUCUACAGUUGUGAAUGUGUCAACCUUUGAAGAUAUUAAAACAAAAGAGAAAUCAUUAGAACUAUUACCGAAUAAAUUAUUAUGGUUUAUUAGGUGUUUGAAAGUUCCAGAUGAAAAUGCCAAUUCACGAGGAGAAAUUACUUUUGGUAUGCAGUAUAAUCAAGAGAAUGGUAGUUUAACUAUUAGCCUGUUUAAUUGUGCUGCAAUGAAUUUGCCUAAACGAACAAAGAAUUUAUUUGUUCGUGCUUCAUUGUGUUCGAAUUGGAAAUUAUUUCGAACUGUUCAGUCUAGAGCAACUGCUCGACUUACAGUGAAUUCAGCAGAGUUUAUAUUGGGUGAGAAAUUGAAUUUUAUCAUUGAAGAAGAUAUUAGUCGCGUAUGUAUAAUAUUGAGUGUAUUCGCACGAUCUGGAAGUAAACUACAAGAAGCUACUACACUUAUUGGUCGUUGUGUAACUGGACCAUCAGAUUUAGCAUGCAGUGAUGGACUUUCACAUUGGACAUCAGUCUGUUCUAAACAAGGAAUGAUUAGACGUACUCAUAUUCUAUCAUAAAUGAUUACAGUAUCUGUGUGAAAUAGUGAACUUUCAUGUAUAUCAGCUUAAUGGUUCAAUGAUUAAUGUGCUUUUUUUUCUUAAAAUAUAAAUGACUGAAAUAUUUUCUAUGCUUGUUGACUAAGUAUGCUUAACAUUGAAACGGAAUAUUUUGUUGUAUACAUAAAUGUUUCCUAGAUAUUAUAGUGGUUUUUAAUAUUGAGUCUAAUUUAUUCUUAAUUCCGAUAUAUACUACUAUUUUCAGAUAAGAAAUAAGAUAGUGAUAUAGCUCAUGACAAUAAUUUCAGUGUUGUAUCAUUCACCUGAUUAAAGGUUCUUGUUAUAUCUAGGACUUAUAUUCUUGAUAUACUGUGUAUAACUUGAGCACUAGAACUCUAGAACCCAUCCAAGUAGCAAUGAGAAGACAGAAGACUAGUGAAAGGAAUGCUAUUCCAGACAGUGUCAAAUUAUAGUACAAAACUGUUAGGUAUUUAUAGUUUUUAGUAAAAAUGAAGUCAUCAUUAUAGCUGUCCGAUUCGCACACAGGUGGCAUCAGAAUUGUCCAAUCGGGAAGCUACGCGUAAAGAUUCUAGAACAUUCUCCCAAAAGAUGAUUGGAUAGAAUAUCUUCGGCUCUUUUUGAGCUUCUUACAGCUUCCUUGAGUUCACCCAUGGACCGUUCUCACAUCUCUACCCUUUGAAGUCUGUUGUGUAAGACUUUUCCUCCAGAUCCAUCUGAAACUUGAUUACCGUAUUCCUCUUGCGGUCCAUCACUCUCUAAGGUUGUACAGCUUUGCCCUUGCGUUGUUUACCUCUUCUAUAUUCGCGCUCUUGAAGGCUUUUCUGAGAUGAAUCCAUGAGCAAUUGAAACGGAAGUCGGCUUUGUGGGACCAAUGUUCUGCCGUCCCUUUGAAUUUGAUUUAUGUGUCUUAUACACGUUCUGACAUUUUUCCGGACUACAGUACAUUUCCGAUCCGACGCUCUACGACACCUGGUUCCCACUUCCUAUUACCUUGACACGAUUUGACAAAUACCCUUUCACCCACCUGGAAGCUACGAGUGACCGUACGACACCCAUUCGUGGGUUUACUUGUCUUUCUGAGUAGCAACAUACUGUUAAAAACUUUACGGAUUUUUUUCUGGUACUGCCGGAUUAGGGGUAAAUCUGAAAGACAUUAGGAACUUACUGAUCACUUUUCCUGGGAUACCCUCACCUCAUCCAUUGACGAGAGCUCUUUUUAUCGUAUCCACGAACAUUUCUGCCUGGCCAUUCGACUGGAGAUGGUACAGAGGAGGUUUUAGAUGCGAUAUACCAUUUUCACUGCAAAAGCGUUUAAAAGCGGAUGACAUGAACUGAGUGCCGUUGUCAGUCACUAAGAUCUCUGGAACCCCAAAACAAGCAAACAAUCCUCACAAUUUUCUUAUUGCACUCUCUGACGUCGUUUUUGGCAUGUCAUAUGCUUCUGGCCGUUUUGUGAAAGCAUCGACAACAACUAAGUAAUUCCUGCUUUGUAUUGGUCCGGCGAAAUUAGCGUGUAUUCUCUGCCAAGGCCCGUCCGGUUUUGGUCAUGGUUGCGGUUCAGCUUUUGUUGGAUUCUUCGCAGCCUCUAAACAGGACCAACAACUGCGACGAGAAGAAAAGUCAAAAUUCAAAUGAUUUACUCAUUAUGAGUUUUGUUCAACAUUACUUCCAUUCUGAUUCAAUAUGAUGAUCAUUCAAUGUAGUAAUUGUUUCCUUUUGUCGUAUGAUAUUUUAUUCUGUAUAAUAUGCGAUAUUCUUGUAUUCCAUCGACAUGAACUAUACUCAGUAUGUGAUUUGUUAUAACUCUAAGUAUUUUUCAUAUAUGUGAUUUCAUCCUAAUUAUUAAUCAAAAUGGGUGUAUAAUCGAUAUAUAAAUGAGUGUAUUUUCGACUAGAAUUGUCGUCGUCGUGUUUUGGGGGUUAGUGAGUCUUCACUUAUACCAGUCUUGUGUUCUUACUUUCGCGUAGACGGAAUUACAGAGGUCCCUCGUUUCGACUAUAAGUGAUAAGCGUUUCCGACACAACAAUCAGCGACGACCAGAUAUAACA